UUUUGCAACAAUUCACAAAUUACAAAUCCAAACCAAACAUUGCACAAGAAGAAGUAAAGAAGUCUAGAUCAUGGCGUUAAGUUUUUUAUCAGAGGGUGAGGCGCCCAGAGAUUUUCGUGUAUCAUCCACUGAGAGUGAUGGACAUUACACCAAGUGCCUUCUGUGUUAUACCGUGAAAAGAAAUUUUUACUGUGCUGAUUGCAUUAACACGGGAAACUUCGUUCACUCGUCGAUGCCUCAUGCAGACAGAUUUUCAGAAAAAUAUGGUAAAUUUCUAAGACUGAAAGCGAACAGGAAACAUGUGCUAGACAGAUGCGAGAAGUUACUAGCGAAUAAAAUACACAAGGACACUUUAAUAACAGAAGCGAAGUUAGCCAAAGACAAGAUAAACCUGUUGAAAUUAGCCAUAGAGCAGAGGAAAAACAAAAUUGAAGAAAAGAGGAAAGUGCUAACUGAAUUGAGGCAAACUAACAACGAAUUAAGUUUGAAGUUACCGAGGUAUCAGAAAAGAGUGGCAAGCUUGGAGAGUCAUGCGCAAACUCAACAAAUACAACUGCACGAUAAAGUAAAUCUGUACAGUGAACAGGCCGAGUCGUUGGCUGCCCUGCGACGCUCACGAAUACGGCAGCUCAACAAAUAUAUUUUUCCUGUAUAUGUCAGCUAUGAUAUGAGUGAUAGCAUAGAGGACAUGGAAUUUGUAGGCGAAGAUGCUGAAGAGAUGGAGCCGAAGAGGUCACAGCUACACAUAGUGGCACCAUGGAUCAAUACAGAUGGCGAUCAUGCAACCAUACAGUCUUGGGUGUCGCAAAACAAGGAGGCGGCUGGCGAGGCUGGGCCGGCGGCGCAGGCCGGGCGGCGCGCGGCGGCGGCGCUGGCGCUGGCCGCGCAGCUCGCCGUGCUGCUCGCCUGGACGCUCGACGCACGCCUGCCGCAGCCCAUCGUGCUCACCGAGUACUGCACGUGGCGCGGCGCGGGUGGCGCGGGUAGUGCAGGCGCGGGUGGUGCAGGCGCGGCACUGCGCACGCGGCGGCUGCGCGGCGCGUGCGCGGCGCUGGGCACGCGCGCCGCGCUGGCGCCGGCGGCGCCGCGCCGCGAGCUGGCCGCGCUGCACGCGCUCGCCGUCGCCGCCGCCGCCGACCACCCGCACCUCGGCAGAGUGGAGACAUGGGCUAGCGCGGAGGUGGCAGCGGCGGGCGAGGCGUGGGCGGCGGCGUGGGCCACGCCCGACGACGGCGAAGACUGCGACCCGCCCGAGCACCUGCACUGGCCCGAGCCCGCCGAGAUGGAGGAGCUGAGCAGCACGCCGCCGGUGCCGGCGCCGUCGCUGGUGACGUCGGCGGCCGCCUCGCUCGCGUCCAUGUGGCGCGGCUGGACCAAGUGACCGCCGCCGCCGCUACCGUCACCACCCGAUCUCCUCCUUCUCACCAUCCGACACUCGACCGUAUCGUUCCGCAGAGAAGUUACUCGAAAGUACAUAUUUAGUUGUCAACUCGCAGCUUAUGCUAUAAUAUUUUGACUCGUAUACGUCAGGGGCAGAGUUCUAAUGCUCGGUUGGUUAUUUGGAAACAAUAGGACUUCACGAGCCGGUGGUCUACUCUCUAGAUAAAUGGUAAACGAAAAUCAUAAUUAUUUGUAACAAAUAUUGUCAUAUUUGUUACAAAUAUUGUCAUAUUUGUUACAAAUAUUGUCAUAUUUAUUACAAAUAUAGUCAUAUUUGUUACAAAUAUUGUAUAUAUGUGACGUAAUAAAUUGACAAUCUAUGGAUACGUAUAUCGAUAUUUUUUUUUUUUAUAUUGAUAUAGAUAAUGAAAUAAUACAGACAGAAAUUAACAAAUAAGAUGUACCUUUAAAAGUACUACCAGUCUUCAGCAUCAUACAAUUAUUUUUUUUAAUGUAUCCGUCGAUAGAUACAUUGUCGCUCAUACAUUUAAUAGAACGAGACAGCAACAUAACGACAUAUUCUUACUCAUUCUUCUGCGUGCACCAACGGAAACAUCAAUUCGUUUGCCACUUUUCAAAGAGAAUAAACUUUUUCUCUGUGUAUCCCUUUCGUCUACUUUCUCUUAGUGCAAGUUUCAAUUUUUCAACGCACAAUUAUAGUUUAAUUGCUCACUCUCGAUACCAAACAGUUGCAGCUAAGACUGUUAAAUUUGACUAUUAUUUUAUCCGUAACAAACUGUUACUGUAAGAUAAUUAGAAAAGUAUAAAUUUUGAUGUCAAUCGAAAUAAUGUUGUUUUAUCUUGUACAAUGAUUUUUAGCUAUUGAUAUUUUAUUAUAAUUAAAUAUAAUGACGUGAAAUAUUAUGUAUCGAAAUAAGCAAAUAUUUUUAUUUAUUAACUAUGUCUUGUAAACGAAUAUUCAAUAUUAGACUUGUUGUCUAUAUACUUUGAACGUAACAUUUUAAAUUUUUUUUUUUAUUUCGUUUUAACUCAUUUUACAUUUUUAUAUAAGGAAAGAAUGAAUGAAAACUCUUUGUUCCUCUCAAAGAAUUAUACAGAUUAUGUAAAUUAAUAUGUACAUGAAAAAAAAUAUUAAUUACAAGAAGAGGCAACAAUAGGCGGCCUUAUCGCUAAAUAGCGAAAUUGACAGUAGUAAAAUAAUGUUGCCAGCAAAAUUCUACUAAAUUAGUAGAUUCUUAAGAUUUUAAACUUGUUGACCAUAUGAUUUUAAAAUAUGAACUUACCCUAUUCUAAAUGUUGUCCUACAUUAUAGAAGCUGAUUUGUUUAGUUUUCUAGACUAUGGCAGUCUAUCUGCUCGGCGUUUUUAGUGCCUUAGAUGGCACUUUGAACUUCAUAAAAAUGUGUUAUGUAUAAGUAAUAAUAUAUUAAGUUCGUACCUAAUUUUCUACGCAUUCGUACCGUUCAUACGGACGCGUAAACCAUAAAAAACUUAACAGUACACUCAGGAUCGGGCAAUACCGGGCAAUUGCCCGAAGCAGUGAAAUUUAUACUGAAGGUGAAGAUGACUAGAAAAAAGUCUGAGAAAUCCGCCUAUCUAUAUUGUAAGGAAUUCUUUUCCCCCUGUCAAUGUAGCACAAUAUUUAUAAGGUAUCAUUGUCAAGGGCAAAUAUCGUUUGCCCGGACCAGCAAAAUAACGAGAUCCGGCCCUGAGUAUACUCUACCUACUUAUUACUAUGUACCCAGGGCCGUAGCUAGACCCAAGUUUAAGGUAGGGCAAAAGCCAUAUAUGACUUCGGAAAAGCGGAUCUGCUUAAUUUUCUUGGGGCCUUUUAUUUUAAGGUAGGAUAAGAUAAACUCCUCUACUAAUAAUGAUAAUAGAAAUUCCAAUCGUUAUGUCGGUGAACAGUCUUAUCCCAACCAGACUGGAACAACAUCUCAGACGGUUGGGAUUCCGAGGCGGCUCACUCCCGGGAAAGAUGCAGAAAGCGGUGCUCUUAGAUUAUGUCCGCAUUGUACGCCGGUUUCUCUCGCUGGGGCCCUGAACCGCGGCCGACUGUGCUUCUGCCGGGGGUUAGUUUGCCAUCUCCUCUCCUUAAGAGGGGAGAUGUGAAUUUUGUAAAAAAAUUAAAAUAAUAAUAAUAUCCCCCCCCCCCCCCCCCCCACUUACCUAGCUACGGCCAUGUCUUUACCUAUUUAGAAUUAGUGAGAUUAUUCAUAGUGCAAAACAUUACUGUCACGUCCAAUUUAAAUUCGGCUAUUAAUUGUAUUAAUGUAUUAAAACCUAAUACGGGUUGUACAGACAUCGUUUUGUGUCUUAAUUUUGUGUUUAUAUAAUUUUGUGAUUUACUUUUAAUACACGUACUUUUUAUACA